AUCAAAAUUAAUGCACGACAAAAAAAAGAAAACAGCAAAAGUCAAAACAGAAGCUGAGCCGAAGCAGAGCCAAUAGCAAAGCUCGUGAAUGCUUUAAGUGCGCCUUCUUCGAGGGAUUCUCCAUGGAUCUUAGCCGCUUGCCAUGUAAAACAAUUAUCAUAAGAUCGCCAUCAGCAGCGCCGUCAACGUCAGCGUCAGCGUCAACGCUGUUGUCGCCAGCUAACGGACACAGUUCAAAGUGAGCAACAAUUACAACAACAACAACACGAACAAAGCGCCCUCUGCCGCUGCAGCAGCAGCAGCAACAACAAAUCAUAAGAAACUUCAGCCCAACGGCCAUUUGAAGCAACGCCCGGGCCCCCCCCCCCCCCACCUCUCAAGUUUUUGUUUUCAAUUUGAAUUCGCCUUUGGCUAAAGAACGUCAGCGUUGCGUUCGCUGCAGCAGCAAAAACAGCUGAUUAACAUGUUGUUCAGGCCGAACGGCUGGCAACUGCACUGCUAAUUGCGAGCUUGGAGCCAACCCACAAGAAAAACAACGACAACAAUAAGAAGGAGGAGGAGGAGAGCAUAUAAAAAAAAGAAAAGAGGGUGCGCCUUAAUUAAUCACAGUCUUGUCUGUCACGAGCAGCAACAAGAAGAACACAAAGGAGAGCUUAAAAUCAAAUUAAGAGAGUCGCCAAAGAGCGCGCGCGCACGCACGCAGCGCCCUCUAGCGGCAAACAGCAGCAGCAAGGUCAACGUAUAAGACGAUACAAGCCAAGGGGAGAUCAGUAUAAGACGUUAAACAGCAACCCAGCAACCAGCAGCAUAACAGUAUAAGAACUAACAGCAUUCUCUUAACAUGGCAGCGACAAUGUUACGGCUGCUGUUAGCGAGCCUCGUGCUGCUGCUUGUGAUGCUGGCGCAGGAGUCGCUCGGCCACCGGGAUUGGAUGCAGAACUGCAGCAAUUGCCAUUGCCAUUGGAAUUCGGGCAAGAAGAGCGCCGACUGCAAGGGUAAAAAGCUAACAAAAAUACCGCUAGAGAUGAGCAACGAGAUGCAGGUGGUGGACUUCUCCCAGAACCAAAUACCCGAACUGAGGCGCGACGAGUUCCAGGUGGCGGGCCUGCAGAAUUUGCACAAGAUCUACCUGCGCAACUGCACCAUACAGGAGGUGAAUCGCGAUGCGUUCAAGGGUCUGGCCAUACUCAUCGAACUGGACAUGUCCAGCAAUCGGAUCAGCCAGCUGCAUCCGAACACGUUCGAGGGCCUCGAGAAGCUGCGCAAUGUGAUCAUCAACAACAACGAGAUCGAGAUACUGGAGAGCCGGCUGUUCAUCAAUUUGCCCUUCCUAUCGCGCGUCGAGUUCAACAACAAUCGACUGAAACAGGUGCAGCUGAACGUGUUCGGCGGACCGCUGACCGCCAUUUCGCUGGAGCAGAACCAGCUGACCCAUCUGCACAAGGAGACGUUCGACAACCUGCCCAAGCUGACCUACCUGUCGCUGCAGGGCAACGCGUGGAACUGCAGCUGCGAUCUGCAGCAGUUCCGCGACUUCGCCAUGGCCAAGCGCCUCUAUACGCCGCCCACCGACUGCCGUGAGCCGGCCCAGCUGCGCGGCAAGCUGUGGAGCGAGGUGCCCUCCGAGAACUUUGCCUGUCGUCCGCGCAUUAUCGGCUCGGUGCGCUCCUUUGUCGAGGCUAAUCACGACAACGUUACGCUGCCCUGUCGCAUUGUCGGCACACCCCGUCCGAAUGUCACCUGGAUCUACAAUAAGCGCCAACUGAAUCCCAAUCCCAACGAUCAUCACAUACGCAUUCUCAACUCCGUCGAGCAGCAGCAGCAGUCGGAGUCCGGCCAGAUCAUGACGUCGGAGCUGCGCAUCUACGGGGUCCGCAACUCGGACAAGGGCGCCUACAUCUGUGUCGCCGACAAUCGGGGCGGCAAGGCGGAGGCCGAGUUCCAGCUGCUGGUCAACGGUGACUAUAUGGGCGCCUCAUCCGGCUCGGACGGAAUGGGUGGUCUGGGCAUAAGUGGUGCCAUCGGCGCCUCCACCAGCGAUCCGCAGACGAGCAUAUUCCUGGUCAUUUGCGUGAUUGUGACCACAUUUCUGGUGCUGCUCAUCUUUCUGGUGCUGACGCUCUUCUGGUACUGCCGCCGCGUCAAGACCUACCAGAAGGACAACACCAUGAUGAGCGGCGAUGGCUUGAUCUCCUGCAAGCUGGACAAGACCCACAACAGCUCCAUGCUGGAGGGCUCCGUCAUUAUGGAGAUGCAGAAGAGCCUGCUCAACGAGGUGAAUCCCGUCGAGAAGCCGCCCCGUCGCACCGACAUCGAGAGCGUCGACGGCGGCGACGAUAACCACGAGAUCAAGAAGACCCUCUUGGAUGAGACUGCCUACGCCAAUCACACGCGAGACGAUGAGACGCACUCUGUGGCCCUGUCGGAUACAACAAUUACGCCCCGUUCCCGUCACACCUACGUUGAUGAUACGUACGGGAAUAGCCUGCCGCCGGAUUUGCUGGCGUUUCCCGCCCGCGUGCCGCCCACCUCGCCAUCGAUGCAGUCCUCGCAGUCGAACAUACCCGAUCAGAUCAUCUACGGUAUACGCUCCCCGCCGCCGCCGCUCACCAGCCCCGUUUACGCGCACAUGACGCCGCACGGCAUCUACGGCACCACAACGAUCGCAACGGCCAACCACAACGGCUUCAUGACCCUGCAGCAUCCCAAGACCCGCAACCUGGCGCUGAUUGCCACCGCCAACAGUCGCCACCAGCAGCAGCAACAAUUGGCCGCCGCCUUCCAACAGCAGCAGCAGCAGCAGCAACAGCAGCUGGGAUCGUCGUCGUCGUCGUCGGCAUCGCCGUUUCUGCCCGCGCCCGUUGUUUACUCGCCGGCCUCGGCCGUGGUCAUGAAGCAGGGCUAUAUGACGAUUCCGCGCAAGCCGCGCGUGCCCAGCUGGGCGCCGAGCACCUCGAAUGCGGCAGCAGCCGCCGCCCAGCUGCAGCAGCUCGGCGAAUUUCAAUCGCCAACGUCGCCCAAUCCCAGCGAGACAGGAACCGCGACCACCGUCGAGCUGCAGGCGGAGCCUGUCUACGAUAACUUGGGGCUGCGCACCACGGCCGGCGGCAAUUCGACUCUCAAUCUGCACAAGGCACAGAGCGCACAGGCUGCACUGGGCGGACAGGGCGGCGGCAACGGGGGGCAGCAGUACAGCAUGCGGGAUCGCCCGCUGCCAGCCACGCCAAGUCUGACAUCGGUGGCAUCAACAUCGGCAUCAACAUCGGCAUCGGCAUCGGUGGGCAACGCCAGCAAGAUCUACGAGCCAAUACACGAGCUCAUCCAGCAGCAGCAGGCCAUGCAGGCCGCACAACAGCAACAGCAACAGGCACAACAGCAGCAGCAGCAACAGCAACAGCAGCAUUUGUACAACUCGGAGACGGAGCCGCUGUACGGCGGCAGGCUGCACGGGAUUACGAUAUUGCCCGGCUCGAGCAUUAGCGGCGCCGGCCUUGGCUCGCCCUCCUCGACGCUGGGCGGAGCUGGUGGCUCGCCGACGCCCAUGGCCAUGCCGGGCGGGGAGUCGCCAAAAAUGGCCAAGAUACCGCCAAGGCCGCCGCCGAAGCCCAAAAAGAAAAUGUCCGUAACGGCAACGCGCAGCGGCCAGGGCAGCACAAGCCAGCUGUUCGACGACGAGGGCGAGGAUGGCACCGAGGUUUAGUUUACCAAAUAUUUGCGCAGAAUCCACUCAAAAUGCAAUCGCAAAUUAAUUCAAAUUGCCUUUUUAGCAGCAACAGCAGCAGCAACAGCAGCAGAACAUGAAGAUGAAGUUGAAAAGCAGGUUGAUAAGGAAGAUGAGGAGCACGAGCAAACAGUAGCAGCAGCAGCAAGGGGUAAAGCAGAUGAUGAAGAGGAGCAUUAACAACAACGACAACAGCAAUAACAGUAACAGCAACACACAACAGAGAGCAGUUAACAGAUAACAGCUAACAGCUAACAG